CAAAUCUCUCAAAAUUUGACUCUUUUGUUAUGAAGCUUUUCAGGCCUUUCUCCUCGCGUUUACCCCAUCACUCCCUUUCCCUUUAUCCCUUGUCUGCAAUCUGAUUCAAUUAUUGCAGUGGGGGACUUCCAAAAAAAGUUGGAUUUAAUCCAAUAUUCCAAAUUUCAUAUGUAAUUGCAAUCUGGGUUUUGGCCUGAUAAAAUCUUCCAUCUUGUUUUAAGUUAUUCGUCCCCUGUGCGUGGUUGCUGCUAUACGAGAUCUAAAAACGAGUGUUUUGCUCUUUGCUGGCAUUAACGUUCAAUGCUAGAAUUAUGGCUCCUGGUGGUGGUGGAAUCUGCAAAGAGAUGAUCGAGUCCCGUCUCACGUUUGCCGAUUACGAUAUGGUGACUUCGAGUGCGGAUUUAAGAGGUUCCCCUUUAAGAAAAGCUGCAACUGGUUUAUGUGGAAAACUGGGAUCGUCAUCGAUCAACGAUGUCCAUGAACUACUCGAGUGUCCCGUUUGCGUAAAUUUUAUGUAUCCUCCAAUUUACCAGUGUCCCAAUGGUCACACCGUUUGCUCGAAAUGCAAGACUAGAGUUCACAACUGUUGCCCAACUUGCCGAAAUGAGCUGGGAAAUAUAAGGUGUUUGGCUCUGGAGAAAGUAGCCGAGUCACUGGAACUUCCCUGCGGAUACCAGAUUCUGGGUUGUCAUGAUAUUUUCCCAUACUACAGCAAGCUCAAGCACGAAAAAAACUGCAGGUAUCGUCCGUAUAAUUGCCCGUAUGCUGGAGCUGAAUGCUCUAUCACUGGUGAUAUUCCUUUCAUAGUCAUACAUCUCAAUAAUGAUCACAAGGUCGACAUGCAUGACGGAUGUACUUUCAACCACCGAUACGUCAAAUCCAACCCCCACGAAGUAGAAAAUGCCACGUGGAUGUUAACUGUUUUCAAUUGUUUUGGACGACAAUUUUGUUUGCACUUUGAGGCUUUCCACAUAGGAAUGGCACCGGUUUACAUGGCAUUCCUGCGGUUCAUGGGCGAUGAAGACGAGGCAAGACAAUUUAGUUAUAGUCUGGAAGUUGGCGGGAGUGGCAGAAAGCUUAUGUGGCAAGGGGUGCCUAGAAGCAUUCGUGAUAGUCACCGGAAAGUUCGUGAUAGUCAAGACGGACUUAUCAUUAAACGGAAACUGGCACUCUUCUUCUCAGGUGGUGACAGACAGGAACUGAAGCUGAAAGUGGCUGGCCGUAUUUGGAAAGAACAAUGAGACAAGUCCAGAAUUGAAAGCCGAUAUAUAUAUAUGUUUGUGGUAUAUUUUUCUGUAAAUUUUGUAGAUAAAGAUAUCACAUUGUGAGGGAAACUAUGGGGUUUAUUUAUGAUAUUUAAGCGGAAUACGAAUUUGCAGAAACUGAGAGAUACAAUGGAACAUAAUUAUAGAAGAAAAAAUUCUAUAAAAAUAUUGAACUUAAAAAUCA